UGAAGCUAUAAGACUUGCCUGUUCUCUCAACACUUUCCAACCAAGUAAACAUACUGCUAAUUCCUCAAACUCAUCUAUUAUCUUAUCUUUCGAAAAAUUCUCUCCUUACACUCUUAAAAGUAAAAGAAGCUCAAUAUGAUCAGCACAAAGAAGCUCCUCAAGAUGGCAAGAAAGUGGCAAAAGAUAGCUGCCGCUAGCAGGAAGAGGAUCUCUUGGCCUCGACCAGUGGCUGAUAAAGGUCACUUUGUCGUCUAUACAACUGAUGGAAGACGGUUUAUCAUCCCUUUGGCUUAUCUCAAGAGCGAGAUUUUUAUAGAGCUCUUCAGAAUAGCAGAGGAAGAGUUCGGGUUAACAAGUUCAGGGCCAAUCACACUUCCCUGUGAUUCGAGUUUCAUGGAAUAUGCAAUCUCUAUGAUCCAAAGACGUGUAGCUGAGGACUUGGAAAAAGCAUUGAUCAUGUCAUUGGCCAGCUGCAGAUAUUUCUCUGUGUCACAUGAACAUCAAGAUCAAACAAAUUCACACUUGUUGAUUUCUAGUUUCUAGAACAUAAUUUUGUUUCUCCUUUUGUAUAGAAUUGAACCAACAUAGAGUAUAUAGUUAGUUAUAGUCAGAAAUUUAAUGAGAACAGAAUUCAGAUUCAAAUCAAACAUUUUCUCCAUUGUGUGAAUAUACCCUUCAAAUUUAAUUCGUCUUGCCGCACGCAUGGUAUAAACUGCAAAAGGAUUA